UUGGCGGUAAACAGAUGCUAUUGUUUAGGUAUGUUGUACAGUGCGCGACGAUAAUUGCCAAAUAAAAAUAAAAAUAUACCGCGUUAUAUAUAAAUACCCGAUCAAGCUUAGUUAAUAUGCAAACAACAAUGCAAUUUAGUAGAGCGUGAAAGAGUGGACACAAGGCGACGAAGCAGUACCCAGCAAAGUACAUCAACAUUAUCGGCAUCGAAAUUGGGAUCGGCGAAGACGAAAAACUAGCAACAGACAACAAGAAGCGGCAGCAAAAAGCAAAGCAACGCAAACAAGCAUUUUGUUUUUUGUUUUCUUUUUUUUUUUUGUUUGUUUUGUUAACAUGUGCGAUAAUCGUAGCAGCAACUUUAAUUGGACAAACAACUAAAUAAGGUAUUCAUUAAUCAAGAAAAAUGGAAUCAAUUGUGCUGCAUUCUGACAUCGCGCGUCUAAUUUUGGGAUAUUUCAUAAAUAACAAUCUAAAACGGGCGGCGUUAACACUGUGCCGCACAUCGCCGCAUCUACACCAGGAGUUUGUUGCUUUACGGCAGGGCCUGCAGCCGCACAACUUUCUCAAUGAGGGCCUGGAAGAGAUCAUACGCGAACACGUCAAAAUCACGACCAUGGUGGCCACGGCGGUGCAGAAAUUGCCAAACGACGCGCGCCAGCGCCUGCAGCAGCUCAAGCUGUCCGAGCGUGUAGGUGAGCUGCUAAGGGUGGAAAAGUCAACAUUCACCAGCAGCAAAGACAGCGCCAGUAUGCAAAAUGCGAGCUCAAACAAGCAGCGCAAGAGACGACGCAUGGAUGAGGAACACGCGAACUCGGUUUCACCAUCGCCAACGAAACAUGCUGCCCGCAAGCGUCGGCGUCUGCUGGAUCCGCACUUGUACUGCAGUGUCGGACGGAGCUCUCGUAACGUCAGCGAUCAUACAGAGGAAAAAGAUUCGCUGGACAGCAGCACUGGCACCGAUUUCACUAGCGACCAUACGGACGAUGCGCUGCAUUUUGAUGAACAUGGCCCCAAAAACAAUUCUACCCCUCGUACGAGCACCAGUGACGGGACAGAACGAGUGAUGCCAAUGCCGCAGACUAUGCCGGCAUUAACGAACGCCAUCAUGACCAAUGGCGAAUUUCAGGCCAAGCUGCUGACCAAUAUCAAUGUGGCGCUGCAGUCGCUGACGGUGCAUGCCCCUACGGCAGAGUCGGUGAACUCGGAGGCGGUGCUAGACGGUCUGGUCAGGAAUAUACUGGAGGCAACCGAGAAAGAUCCAUCGUUUGAUCGCAUUAUUCAGGAGGUGGUUAGCAUGGAGGCGCAAUCGGAGGAGCCCAUGUCAGCAACACUUGAAGCGCCAGUAGCAGCAGAAACGGAGCCAGCACCACCACAGACGCCGCUUAUAAUUCGCGCAGCGGUCUCCGCCGCGAAUUCGGCGGCGGCUGUUAACGCCAACGGAGAAGUUAAUGUGGUGAAUGGCAACAAUGGCAAUGCCAUCAUACAGCUCAAUGCGAACAAUUCAAUUGGCACUCUAAUUGAUCCCAAUUUCAGUAUAUCUAAGCUCAUAGUGCUUAACUCGAACGAGAGCGCGCAGAAGCAGCAGCAGCCAUCGUCUAAUCUGAGCUUUGGCAGUGAGAAUCUCAUUAAUUACGCCGACGGCGGUUCAGCUCUAUCGGAUGCUGAUGCAGUUGCCGGUGUCGCAGCCGUUGCCGGCAAUCAGGUGUGCGUGGAUGCCAUUAAUGGCCAGCUAACAUUUCCCAUGUUUCUAUCCAAUGAGGGUCUGAUCUCGCACUUGCCGUUUCUGGUGAACAACGAGUGGCUGGCGCAGCAGCUGCGCUCUGAUGCGUUUGCCAACACGGAUGUCUCGCACAUUGAAAUACCGCUGCCGGAGCCAAUUACAGUUACCGCCAAUCAGCUGCCGCCCAAUUCGAUAAUCAUAAACAGCGCCGUGAAGCAGCCGCCGACGCCAGUGGAGUCGCCUUCGGUGGAGCCACCGGCUCAGCUUAUUGCGGAGCAGCCAAAGCCAGCGACUGCGAGUACGGUGCUGGUCGAACGCUCUGCCAGCAAAGUGUUGAACGCCAGUGCUGUGCCUGCUUCGCUGGACUCAUCGCGUCUGGUGCUGGAGCGCGUUACCCCCUCCACGUCGGGCAUUGUGAAUGUGAAGGCCUUUCGUAGUCUAUCCACGCCCCGCAAGCGCACCUCACACGUGCGCACGCUCAAUUUCUCGCCCAAGGGGGUAACACAUAGCCAGAGCACGCCUCUAUCCACCCGCCGUCUCCAACAAAAGCAGCAGACGCAUUCACAGCAGACGCAACGGCGGGCGGAGCUAAGGACACUCAAAGAAAAACAGUCCAAAGAGCCGGAGCAACAAACAGACUUACAGCCGGAGAAGCCAGUGAUUAUAAAGAAUAUCGAGAUUCUGCCAAAUUUCGGCAGCAGUUCCUGCGUUCCAGCAGCUGCAGUCACGGCUUCAUCUUUAGCUGCUGCAGUAACAACAUCAGCAGCAGCGGCUGCAUUAGCCGCAUCUGCCGAUGUCAGCGGCAAUGAGAGUAACGGCUGCGUGCCGCCACUCUUUGCCAUGGAGGAGAGCAGCAAUCAGACGGUGAUCAAGGCAGUCGCUGGAUCUAAGCAAUCAAAACAGACGGCCAAGUCGGCUACCCCAGUGGCAGCUGUGGCGCCGUCUAUGGUGGCGACGCCCAAGCGCAAGCAAAAGCGUCGAACAGCGGCCAAAGCAGCCUCCAAACGCAUCAUUCCGGAUGCGCAAGCACAGGACAAGGGUAACGCUGAAAGCGGCAACAAGCAACAGGAAGCGGAGAAGAGUGCAUCAGUCUCAUUGGAUGACAGCAAGGAGAAUCAAACGUCGCUAACAGAGGAGGCAGUUGUGCCCGCAGAAAAGCCCAAGGUGAGCAGCGAGAAAGAGGAUUUGCUGGCCGCCUGGCAGCGUCAGAUGAAUAGCUCCAGCACUGAUUUGGAGCAGCGUUUACGUGAAAUCAAUGCCAAGCGCUUGGACGUGUUCCAGAACAAAGUGCGGCGCAAUCGGCCUGUUUCCAGGAAAAAGAAAACACUGGCGCCAGCGACGCCUCUAGCGCCAAAACAAAAGAAACUGAGGUCACCGCCGCUCAGCACGAAGAAGAAGAAACAAAAGCUGAAGCAGCAGCAGAUGAGCAGCGGCGAGGGUGAUUUUAUUAUAAAGAUAACAACGCCGCAAAAAGCAUCAAAAAAGCCAAAGGCUGUCAGCCAGAAGCUGAAAGAGUCCAAGAAACACAAUGUAUCCAGGGAGUCGGAGAAGCUCAAGGACGAGGACGAGGCAACUAAGGAAAUUAUAAAGCCUGAGCAGGAGCAUGUGCAGCCAGAACAGCAGCAGCAGCAGCGGGAGCUGGUCCAGCAGCAGAUGCAACAGCCUGAGCCAGCGCCCGUCAAGACGGAAACCAAAGAUAAGCCAGCGGAUCGCAUGAGCAAUAUAGAAGCUCUUCUAGAGACGCCGUUCAAGGUGACGUUGUCGGAAGCGGACGAUGUGCCGCCAACACCCGGGCCAGCACUAAUGCCGACAUUGAAUACGCCCUACGCAAAAUUGCUGCCAUCAGCGUCGUUUCUGUUUGGCAGCGAUACAAAGAGCAUAUUAGACACGCCCAUGUUGACCGCAAUUACGCCAGGCAUGCGCCUGACCACACCCUUUGGCCAUGCGCUGAGCACGCCACACAGCAGCGGGGCCAAAACGGACUACUCCUCUGGCAGUUCCUAUUACCGUCCAGAUGAGGCCGAACAUACCGACACAAAUGCGCAGUGCGCACUACAGCCAACGCCGACAAGGGAUCACGUUGAGCAGAUAGUCAAACAGAGCACCACCUGCAUUGAGUUAUACGCUGAGCGGGUGCCCGUCGAGCCCAUGGUGUUGCGUCGCGUCCGCUCCUUCGGCAGCGAGGCAGUGGACAGCGCCGACGCUGUAGCCCUGUCUGGCAAUGCGGAGCUGCAGUUGUUAGAGACGCCACACUAUAAGCUGGUGGGCGGUCUGCCCGAUGCGGUCGUGGAUCACUCCAGCAGCAGCUCCAGUGGCAGCUCAACCUCCUCAAGCAGCUCCAGCUCAUCCAGCAGCGGCAGCUGCAGCCAUAGCAGCAGCAACACAUCCGCCGGAUCAGCACACACCACUCAGGUGAACAACGCAGUGAUGCCUGUGAGCACCAUGAAGCUGUUGGAAUUGGAAAAUCUCUCUGAUAUCAGCAGCACCGAGGAUGAGGAAUGGGCAAAAGCAGCUGCUGCCGCUGGCUCACUUAAUGUGCCACCCCUGGCAAUUGAUAGUGAGCCAGCGCAGCUAGUUAGCCAGGAUGGUGAGGUGCGUUAUCCGUUACGCAAUUGGCUGACGCCCAGUAAAGAUGCUGCUGCAACUGGCGCUGCCGCUGCGGAUGCGGACACCAGUGGGGAAAUGGCCCCGCCUGCUCCGCCAGCUGUUGUGCCAGCCGUCAAGAAGACCACGCUGACUCCCAAGACCGCUAACGAGGUCAGCCAGCAAGUUAAAUCCAUCGAGCAGUGUAUGUUGAAUCUAGCCAUGGUGCGUGAACGCGUCAAGGCGAAGGUUAAACAGCUGACGGCGCCAAAGGGGCGCACCAAGAAACCGAGCAAGAAGCUGACAGCCAUGCGCGAUACAGCCAAGCUGACGAAUCCCAAUCCAAUCCAUGCGAAUAAAUCGCCCAAAAAGGAAUCACAAACAGAGAAGCCAGAGAAAAAAGCAACAGUUUCAGCGACAACAACUGAGUCAGUUAAGAAGGAAUCAGCACCCGGUAAAACAGUCAAGGCCAAGCCAGCCUCCAGUGAACCAGUUAAAGCCAUCUCGGAGCCGCAAGAGCCGUCCAGCAGCAAUCUGGAUCCUGCGCUGCUAUUUGCACUGAAUCUAAGCGCCAAGAAACAGCAGCAACAGCAGCCAAAGACUGCACGUGCCACAGUUCAAAUCGCGGCUAAGCCGGCACCUUCCACAAGCACCGGCCAGCGACGUGGCCGACCCAAGAAGCCGCCCAAUACGGAGCCGUCGCGCUGCAGCAUGCGACGCUCCUCGCGUCUCAUUGACAAUAAGACGCCCGCGCCUGAAGAGCCACAGCCGGGCAGCAGCGAGGCAACCAAACCAGCCAAGGCAUCGACCAGUGCCAAGGUAACCAAGAAGCCGGCCAAGAAGCGUGCAGAGGCGCGCAUAGAGACUGCAGCUCCUACAUUGGCCACGCUGGCCGAGGCGCAAACAACGCAGCUAUCGCCGGAACAGCUGCCGCCGCAGUCACAGUCGCCGGCCCCAGUUGCCAGCGGCGAGUACGAAUUGGACAUGUGCAGAAGCGCCAGUCAUGUGGCCAACACAUUCUGUUUCGCUUUUGCCGACAGCGGCAGCAAGCCGGCCCAUCCUGUGCCCCGCCAGCCACCCGCCUACUUUAAAAAUUUUCAAAUGCGCAUCAUGGUGGACAGCGAAAUGCACACUGUGCGCAUUACGAGUCCACAGCUGCUCCACCAGGCGCUGCCCAGCACAGAGGACAAUGCGAAUGCCACCAGCAUACGCAACAUACCCAAAAAGCGGAUCAUACGCUUCACCAGCGGCACCAGCCAGGACCAGGCAGUGGCCCAAGCAAAGCCCAUGGCGGCAUCAACGCCACUGGCCAGAAACGCACAGAGUGAAGAGCGCGAUGAUAACGAUUCGGAAGUGGCCUCCAUCAAUACACCGUUAAAGGGAAACACUAGCGAGGAGCAGCAAAUGGAGGGGCACGAUGCCGGCGUCCAGAUCGAGGAUAUUGAAUCGAUACUCUCGCAUUUGCAUGGCACAUGAGUAACAUAAGUUUCUACGUGGAAUUAUUAGAAAACCCCAUUCGUUUUCCUUAUACACUUGCAUAUAUAAAUAUAAUUUUUUGUUUACAUCUAUUCAUUUGCGUUAGAACUCAGAAAAAUGUAAACGAUCUUGAUUAAUAAUUAACUAGAUGUAUGUAGUAAUCACGUAUUAUGCGGUACGUAUGUUGGUUAAAGCUUAAGGUUAAUAAAUUAUCAGCUAUACUAGUUAAGCAGCUCUGAUAUUUAAAUAUA